GGUAAAGGUGCAGAGGCGGAAUAAUACUAUUUACAUAUUAAAACGAAGAAAAUGUCCCUUUAUAUUUUAAGAACAGAAAGCGUGUUCUAACAAUUCUUUUUUCCGAAAAAAAAUAAAAAUAAAAAAGGAAGAGAGAGAGAGAGAGAGAGAGAGAAUUAUUGGCCAUGCUUUGCAGAAUUAAAAUCCGUGGCCUGAAACCAGAACUGUGGCCUUUGGCGCUUAUUUAAAAUAAGUGGCAACACACCCGUGUCCAACAGGAACCAAAAGUCCCGUCUGCGUUGUUUAAAAAUUUUAUUGAUUACGCUGAGGGUCCGCAGACAACUCUUGAUCUCGAUUCAUAUCAUGACAGCCAAAACAAGGACUAUCCGGCACCGGCGAUCGGAUAGUGCCAAGUCAAGGUGCCAACAACGGAAUCGACGGAAGAUUCAGCUAUUCCUAAAGGCAUAUGAGUAUUGCCAGGAGUGCGACGCGGAUAUUUCCUUAACAAUUCGAUUAAGACAUAGCGGCGAGAUUGUCUUUUUUAAUUCUGACGGGUUCUGGUCUCCGUCAAAAGAGCAGCUGGCGACGUACUAUCCAAGGCCCAAACAGGUCACUUGGCAGGAAAUUGCGGCUCGAUAUAAGUCCUAAUCAUUUAACACAAACCCCGAUACUAGAA